GUUGUAUACUCUCUCUCUCUCUCUCUCUCUCUCUCUCUAAACCCUCCUUUUGUCGAUUUCUUCUUCCUUCACGCCGUCGACUUCUUCUUCUCCACCCAGCGAAUCCGGCGACCGACCUUGUUGAUGUUGGUUCUAGUGUGUUUCAGUACCUGAAUUUUUUGACCUCACUCCAAGGUUUUUAGCUGAUAAGGGCAUGAAACGGAUCUGCUUGUUUUCAAGUGUUCAACUUUUUUCUAGAAGUUUCAGAGCUUUAGCAGUACCACGAUCCUUGAACUAUCCCGUGCAGUCUCUCAAGCGUUCAUCAGUUCGGAUGGAGAUUGGUCGUAACUUAUCCUCUGGUCUCACAACCGAAAGUAGUGUAAAGCCAAGAGGAGCAUUGAUAGUUCUUGAAGGUCUUGACCGCAGCGGGAAAUCUACACAAUGCGCUAAGCUUCUCGCUUUCUUGAAAGGUUUAGGACAUCCGACCGAGCUCUGGAGAUUUCCCGAUAGAGAAACCAGUGUUGGUCAGAUGAUAUCCGCAUAUCUCUCUAAUAAGUCUCAGUUAGAUGAUCGCACAAUUCAUCUCCUUUUCAGCGCCAAUCGAUGGGAGAAAAGAUCAUUGAUGGAGGAAAAGCUUAGAACAGGAACAACGCUCAUCGUUGAUCGUUACUCAUAUUCUGGUGUAGCAUUCUCAUCAGCUAAAGGUCUUAGUAUUGAUUGGUGUAAAGCCCCGGAAAUAGGAUUACUGGCUCCAGAUUCUGUACUUUACCUUGACAUUUCACCUGAAAGAGCUGCUGAGAGGGGUGGAUAUGGAGACGAGAGGUACGAGCGAGUUGAGUUUCAGAAAAAGGUCGCAGACUUUUAUCAAACCCUCCGCGAUUCUUCAUGGAAGGUAAUCGAUGCAGGUGAAGCUAUGGAGGAAGUAGAGAAGAAGAUUCAAGAAGUGGUAUUAGAUCAAGUCAAAGAGUGUAGUACUGAAGGAAAGCCUCUUAUUCUCCUAUGGUCAUCUUAAUGACUCUAUCGAUUACAAGUUUGUGUGAUUUGGACUCUUUUGGGCUAUAUAAGGCCCAUUGAUAGACCCAAUUUUUAUUUGCUAUCGUCGUCAGUAAUGACGUCUUUUAAUCAAUUAUUUUCGUGUAAACUAAUUGAGACGCCAUUAAGUAAAGAACAAAUCAUUGAACGAUA